UUCAUCUCUAUCUCUCUAGAAAACAAAACGCCAUUAUUCUCUCUUGAAAACCUGCUGUUCCUCUUCUUUUAUCCGUGCAUUGAAACGAAAUGACGGCGGCGGUGGCGCCGUGGAAGCAACAAGUACUACAGAGGGGAGCGUCGCUGUACGUGGGUGACUUGGACCCGGAAGUAACAGAAACGGACUUGAGAGCUGCGUUUUACCAUGUGGGCCCCAUUUCCUCCCUCAGACUCUGUCGUUGUCGUCUUACCGGAAAGUCUCUCUGUUACGCCUAUGUCAACUUAUACUCUCAUGCUCAAGCAUCUAAAGCUUUGGGUCUUCUAAAUCACACUAACUUGAAGGGAAAACCCAUGAGGAUAAUGUGGUGUCAAAGGGACCCUUUUGCAAGAAAGACUGGUUUUGCCAAUCUCUUUGUAAAGAAUAUAGACUUUUCGAUCAGCAGCUCUUGCUUGGAGAGCAUCUUUAGCAAGUAUGGGACAAUACUUUCUUGCAAGGUGGCUGGAGAAAACGGAUGGAGUAAGGGUUUUGGGUUUGUUCAGUUUGAGUCUCAGGAUUCUGCUCUGGCUGCUCAAACGGCUCUCCAUGAUACUAUGCUGGGUGGGAAGAAAUUGCAUGUCUGCAAAUUUGUCAAGAAGACUGAAAGGACAGCAGCAGCGCCAUGCGAAGUGUUCACCAAUCUUUAUGUUAAAAAUCUAGAUGAAACAAUAACAGAGGAUGGCCUAAAGGAUAUGUUUUCUGUAGUUGGUGAUGUUUCUAGUGUUGCCAUCAUGAUGGAUCACGAGGGGAAAUCAAAACAUUUUGGAUUUGUCAACUUUAAGUCUCCAGAUGAUGCCAAAAGGGCUGUUGAUGUCAUGAAUGGUUCUGUAGUAGGUUCGAAGACUUUGUUUGUAGGAAAGGCUCAAAGGAAAUCUGAAAGAACAAUGAUAUUGAAGCAAGAAUACAAGGACUUGCACAACAGAAGUACUGAGAAGUUGAGGGCUUUAAAUCUGUAUGUAAAGAACCUGAAUGUAGACAUUGAUGACAAGAAAUUGAAAGAAGUUUUCAGUGCCUAUGGGAAGAUUCUUUCCGUGAAAGUGAUAUGCCAUAAUGAUGGAACUAGCAAACAAUUUGGUUUUGUAUGUUUUGCGAGCCCUCAAGAAGCAAACAAGGCUUUGGUUGCACUAAAUGGAGCCCUCCUUGAAGGAAAGAUUCUUCAUGUGGCAAAAGCUCAGUGCAAAAAGGAUCGCCACCAGGAAUGGCACAAAUUCUCUGGACAGAACCAACCUCAGUCUUUCUAUCCUUCUAACUGCAAUACUGUUUCCUCAGCACUCCACCCACUUCAUUUCAAUUUUGAUCGCUCUCCACAUCUCCCUUUCCUCCACCAUCCAAUGUUCUGUCAACAUUUUGGUGCACAUUUUGGUGUUCAGCAUCCUUUUAUGGCACAAAAUUACAAGCAGAAGUUUUCCACAUAUAUGCCAGUGGCGGAAACGCCUCUAGGGAGCACGUUGAACACCAGAGACAAGUCCUACCAACAGCAUUCCUUGAAAUUUGCAACCUCUAAUUUUAGCAACCGAGACCUGAAACUUGGGUCUGCUGGAGGUCAAAAGCUUGGUUCCGAAAAGAAGGGUAGCAAGAGUGGAGCAGCUGUAGAAGAUAUUUCCACUGGAUCACCAUCUACCAAAUGUCUUCCUGCAGCUAAAUCUACUGACAGUACCGUCAUUAACAUUGGGAGUCUUCUUCAACCCGUUGUAAAGAAACUUGAGGUUUGUGGAUUCUCUAUUCCCCUCCCUUCUCCUGAAAGACAUCAUAAAACCCAUUGGAAAUGAGCAAAUUGAAUCUCACAGAGUUCAAUUGGUUCGGGGGGGACAAAUGCGUUUGCUGGUGCUGCUUGAGCUACUAGUCAGUAGCAGUAGAGCUAUCCACUUUAAUGACUGCUUGUCUCACCAGUUCCUGUUAACAUUUA